GCCGCGGAAACGUGGACCGGCUGAGGCUUGCACCGAGGCUGUGGGAGUAGUUCCGCUCCCCGGGCGGAAGUGCGUGCUUUGGGCUCGGGUGCUGACCACCUGGCGUUAUGGUGGUGCCUAUGCUAGAGGCUACUCACGUGUUUUGCUGCCCGAAUCGGGUGCGGGGAGUCGUGAGCUGGAGCCCUGGGCCCGGAGGACUUCUAGCUUUUGGCACGUCCUGCUCGGUGGUUCUCUAUGACCCUCAGGAAAGGGUAGUUGUUACCAACCUGAAUGGUCACACUUCUCGAGUCAAUUGUGUACAAUGGAUUUGUAAACAAGAUGGCUCUCCUUCUACUGAAUUAAUUUCUGGAGGAUCUGACAAUCAAGUGAUCCACUGGGAAAUAGAGAACAAUCAGCUUUUAAAAGCCACUCAUCUCCAAGGCCAUGAAGGACCUGUUUACGCAGUGCAUGCUAUUUACCAGAGGAUAGCAUCAGACGCUGCAUUACACACACUGAUAGUCUCUGCAUCUUCAGAUUCUACAGUCCGAUUCUGGUCUAAAAAGGGUUCAGAAGUAACAUGCCUUCAGACCUUGACCUUUGGAAAUGGAUUUGCUCUGGCUCUGUCCUUAUUCUUUUUGCCAAAUACUGAUGUACCAAUAUUAGCCUGUGGUGAUGAUGAUUGCAAAAUUCACUUAUUUGUACAACAAAAUGAUCAGUUUCAGAAAGUGCUUUUUCUCUGUGGACAUGAAGAUUGGAUAAGAGGUGUGGAGUGGGCAGCCUUUGGAAGAGAUCUUUUCUUAGCAAGCUGUUCACAAGAUUGCCUGAUAAGAAUAUGGAGACUCUGUAUAAAAUCAACAUCUUCAGAAAUGCAAGAUGAUAAUAUAAGACUGAAGGAAAAUACGUUUACCAUAGAAAAUGAAGGUAGUGAAGUAACCUUUGGAGUUACUCUGGAGACUGUGUUGGCUGGUCAUGAAAACUGGGUGAAUGCUGUUCAUUGGCAGCCUUCAUUUUACAAAGAUGGUGUUCUACAGCAGCCAAUGAGAUUGUUGUCUGCCUCAAUGGAUAAAACCAUGAUUCUCUGGGCUCCAGAUGAAGAGUCAGGAGUUUGGCUAGAACAGGUUCGAGUAGGUGAAGUAGGUGGAAAUACACUGGGAUUUUAUGACUGCCAAUUCAAUGAAGAUGGCUCCAUGAUCAUCGCUCAUGCAUUUCACGGAGCACUACACCUUUGGAAGCAGAGCACAGUUAACCCAAAAGAAUGGACUCCAGAGAUUGUCAUUUCAGGACACUUUGAUGGUGUUCAAGAUCUAAUGUGGGAUCCAGAAGGAGAAUUUAUCAUCACUGUUGGUACUGAUCAGACAACUCGGCUUUUUGCUCCAUGGAAAAGAAAAGACCAAUCACAGGUGACUUGGCAUGAAAUUGCAAGGCCUCAGAUACAUGGAUAUGACUUGAAAUGUUUGACAAUGAUUAAUCGGUUUCAGUUUGUAUCUGGAGCAGACGAAAAGGUUCUUCGAGUUUUUUCUGCGCCUCGGAAUUUUGUGGAAAAUUUUUGUGCCAUUUCAGGACAGUCACUGAGUCAUGUGCUUUGUGAUCAAGAUAACGAUCUUCCCGAAGGAGCUUCUGUCCCUGCGUUGGGAUUAUCAAAUAAAGCUAUCUUUCAGGGAGACAUGGCUUCUCAGCCUUCUGAUGAGCAAGAGCUAUUCACGAAUACUGGUUUCGAGUAUCACCAGGUGCCCUUUCAACCCUCCCUGCUUACCGAACCUCCCACUGAAGAUCAUCUUCUACAGAAUACUUUGUGGCCUGAAGUUCAAAAACUAUAUGGACAUGGCUAUGAAAUAUUUUCUGUUACUUGUAACAAUUCAAAGACUCUGCUUGCUUCAGCUUGCAAGGCAGCUAAGAAAGAGCAUGCAGCUAUCAUACUUUGGAACACUGCGUCUUGGAAACAAGUGCAGAAUUUAGUUUUCCACAGUCUGACUGUCACGCAGAUGGCCUUCUCGCCUAAUGACAAGUUCUUACUAGCUGUUUCCAGAGACCGAACCUGGUCAUUGUGGAAAAGACAGGAUAUAAGCUCACCAGAGUUUGAUCCAAUUUUUAUUCUCUUUGCCUUCACCAAUAAAGUCACUUCUGUGCACAGUAGAAUUAUUUGGUCAUGUGAUUGGAGUCCUGAUGGCAAGUAUUUCUUCACUGGGAGUCGAGACAAAAAGGUGGUGGUCUGGGGUGAGUGUGACUCCAGCGAUGACUCCACUGAGCACAGCAUUGGGCCCUGCUCCUCAGUCCUAGACGUGGGCGGGGCUGUGACAGCUGUCAGUGUCUGCCGGGUGCUUAACCCUUCCCAAAGAUAUGUGGUGGCAGUUGGAUUAGAGUGUGGAAAGAUUUGCAUAUAUACCUGGAAAAAAACUGAUCAAAUUCCAGAAAUAAAUGACUGGAUCCACUGUAUAGAAACAAACCAAAGCCAAAGUCAUACACUUGCUAUCAGAAAAUUAUGCUGGAAGAAUUGCAAUGGAAAAGCUGAACAGAGUGAAGGAGAAGGUGCUGAGUGGUUACACUUUGCAAGCUGUGGUGAAGAUCACACUGUGAAGAUAUAUAGAGUUAACAGAUGUGCACUGUAACGGACUUAAUAACCAUCUGCUUUAAAUCAUUGCUUCUUAAAGUGUGUAUCAUGUAAAUACAUCAUCUUUAGCUUCAUAGUUGAGUCACUUCAUUGCUUAACUAAGAUAGCCGUAUUCUUUAUUUGGUUCCUAGACCCUUAAAAUCUGAUGAGAGCUAUACAUCCUUAUACGUACUAAAUACCCUAUUGACACAUACCCAGAACUUUGCUCUUAGUUUCAGAGAGUCUUGGACUUCCCUUUGUGUGUCUCAGAUUGAGAACAUCUGUUUUUUCAUGACCAAAGUUGCUGAUGUGUUAUUUUGGAACUUUUCACUUGCCUAUCUUGGUCUGUUUUGUGUUGCUGUAACAAAUAUCUGUGGCUGAUUAAUUUCUACACAAAAGAGCUUUGUUUAGCUUGCAGGAGCAUAGCCCAGUAUCUUUUCAGCUCUGGUGAGGACCUCCUGGCAGGUGGAAUCAUGAUGGGAACAUGUGGGGAAGGAAGAAGGUCUCAUGCUGAGAUAGGAAGUGAGAGUUUCAGGCGAGGUGUUGGACUCGCUAGUGACAACCCACUUUUAGGAGAAUACACUCAAACAAGAAAGUACUUGUGUUCCAAAAACUCUAUUCCCUCUUAAAGACUUAAUUGCGUCUAAGUCCUGUCUGUUAAAAAUUCUUCUUCUACCUCAUGAUGGCUAACAUUAAGUCUUUAUCAUUCUUUGUAAAUAAACAUACUGCACACAGUGUGGUA